AUGGCUGUUCCAUCCGAGGAUACUCUGACCAAGGUGUCUACUGGGGCUGCGACCGAGUUUGUGCAGUCGUUCUACCCCGCCCUUCAAUCCAACCGCGCGACCAUUUCCUCCUUCUAUAACCCCGCCAUAUCCACCAUCUUAUUCAAUGGUAAUCCAGUCGCAGAUGGGAGCGCGGUACAAGAGAUAUUUGUCAAUCAGAUGCCGCCGGCGCACUACGAAGUGCAGUCGUUUGAUUGCCAGGUCAUCAACCGGAACUUCCCUACCCCUACCGCAGCCGGCGGGGUCAAGCCUCUGAGCCAGGCUACAGUCAAGGACAUGUCGAUUCUGGUGGUAGUCAGUGGCUAUGUGAGAUUUGGCGAAUCCAAGGAUAUGCCUCAGCGAGGGUUUAGCGAAACAUUUGUUUUAGUGCCCAACCCUGCAGAAGGACAGAAGGGCAAGCGGCAAAAGGACUGGCUUAUCCAAAGCCAGAAUUUUCGACUGGUGGUUUGA